AUGGACCUCGAAGCGCGCUACCGUGCGGCAACGCUCGAGCAAAUUGAGAUUGAGCGACGCAUCGAAGCCAUUCACAACGCGCCGGCAGCCUUCUAUGUGCCACUGGACUAUGUCUUCGUGUGCGCAGUCGUUGCGUGCAUCUUGCCUCUGCUGGACGUGUGGUGGCAGACGCGGUCGCGCCAAAGACUCUCCUUGUUGCCUCGGCGGUCGCUGGCCAAGGCGAUCGCUCCGUUGCCGCCAACCGCAGCGGCAAGCGACUUGAAUUUUGAGGCUCGACUGUUGCAGCGCUGCUUGGCCGCGGACCCGGCGCUGACCCAUUUCAUGCAGCACGCGCUUCGUCAAGUGAUGCACGACCCCAACCAGAUUCGCACUGUACUUGGUGAGCCAGCGCUACAAAGUCUCGGUCGCGAGGAGUGGAAGCGCGUUCUCGACGCCAACUACUUUACGAUCCUAGAGUCAGUCGUGACGUCCACGUCAGCUUUUGGCGGCUCUUGUCCGCUACGCACGCGCAAGUGGCUUGCGCGGGGCCUCUCGGUGUUUGCAAUGGACCUUCGGAUUCUCUUUGAGGGCCAGCUACCACUUUUGCAAUUCUACCGGUGGCGCAGCACCCGCGCGACGAAGUGCCGGGGAAGUCUUCCGUUCGUGGCACUCCUCGCGCUGCAGCAUUUUGAGUCGAGCGAAGCUAGUGUCGAGCGCCGGGUCCAGCUGCACACCUGUAUCAAGUGCUUCAUGGAAGGCUUGAUACCGUAUGACCUCGAGCCUCGCGUGCUGCAUAGUCACCUCCUCCGUCUCGUUGUCCCAACCGCUACAGACAAGACGUCCUUGCUGACUCUACGGCUUGGCGCUUUGCUCCGCACCAACUGCUCGGAGGUGGAGACGGCGUUAGCGAGUUGGUCGCACGAGGACCGCGCCUACUUGGAACGCGAGUGGCGCACCUGCCACGACCACCCCAUUUUGUUUCAAGGCACACGCACGAUACUGCAGACCGGCGGCCUCCCGACGGUGCUGCGUUGCUUGAUCAACGCUGUUCGAGUUGCCCGGUCGAUGCCGCAGCCGGAACGACGCCAUCAGCGGCUUAUUAUUCGCUUCCAUUUGCUGGCACCCGAGACUUCUUUUGCAGUCUCUCGGGUGUUUCACUUCCGCGCCACUUCGCAUUUGGAUCUCAUCUUUAACGCCCAGGACAACGCGAUCAUGACGCCACGUCAUGUCGGUAACAAGAACUAG